UUGAAAUAUUUCAAAAUUAUAGUUUAAAAAAAUAAAAUGUAUUUCCGCCAUAACACUUAUAACAGUAUAAGGCCCUAUUUAUGUCUGUGGAGUCGCAGUAUUUCGAAAACAUCUAGUAUCAUUCCUAAGCCAAGCUUGUCGGCUUCGGCCUACCAGCCACUAUUUGUGGAAAAGCAUGUAUACCAAGAAUGGGAGAGGAAUGGUCUGUUCAUGCCGGAGAAUUUCAGUAACAAGCCCACUUUCAGCAUCGUGCUCCCGCCUCCGAACGUUACUGGGAAGUUGCAUUUAGGUCAUGCCCUAGCUGGGACAGUCCAAGAUGUAAUAGUCAGAAGGAAGAGGGCAAUGGGCCACAAUGUACUCUGGUUACCGGGCACAGACCACGCCGGUAUAGCUACACAGGGUGUAGUUGAAAAAUACCUGAAAAGCCGUCACAACCUCACUCGCCACGAGUUAGGCCGCGACAAAUUUAACAAGGAAGUCUGGAAGUGGAAGGAAAAGCAUGGCAACACCAUUUGCAAACAACUCAGGACUAUGGGCUACUCUUUAGAUUGGGGCCGGGAAAUGUUCACGAUGGACCGGAAACACGUAAACGCUGUGAACUUCGCGUUUAUACGACUGUUUCAAAAAGGACUGGUUUAUAGACAGAAGGCUCUGGUGAACUGGUGCAACACUCUGCAGUCAACUGUGUCGGAUAUUGAGGUGGAUAAUAUGGAGAUAAGUGGCCCAACAGAGUUGCAGUUACCAGGAUACAAUGAUCCGGUGAAAUUCGGCCAGCUAUACGAGUUCGCGUACAGAGUAUGCGACAGUACGGACGAAAUUGUGGUGUCUACCACGAUGCCAGAGACAAUGCUGGGAGAUGUGGCUGUAGCUGUGCAUCCAGACGAUAAAAGAUACGAACAUCUAAAAAAGAAGCGAGUCAUCCAUCCUUUCACCGGUGAAACUUUACCUAUAAUUUUCGACGAAUUCGUCGACAUGAAAUUCGGGACCGGAGCGGUCAAAAUCACUCCCGCCCACAGCAAAAUAGACUACGACGUUGCUAAGCAACACAACCUGGCUCUCCACCAAGUUAUAGAUGAACAAGGAAUUAUUAUAAACUCUAAAGAAUUUAACGGGUUAAAGAAAUAUCACUGCAGAGAAGAAAUUGUUAAAAGAUUAGAUGAGUUAGGACUUUUAAAGAAGGUCACACUACAUACGAUGAUUCUACCUGUUUGCAGCAGAACUAAUGAUGUUAUAGAAUAUUUACCAAAAGAACAGUGGUUUUUAAAUUGCACCAGUUUAAAUAAGAAAGCAAUGAAAGUUGUAGAGAAUGGACAAUUAAAGAUACAGCCUGAGAAAUUUGUGAAGAACUGGAUGAAUUGGUGCAAAGACGAUAGGGAUUGGUGUAUUUCCAGGCAGUUAUGGUGGGGUCAUGAAAUUCCUGGGUACAAGUGUAGUUACGGAUCAAACGUGUGUUGGAUUGCGGCUAAUGAUGAAAAUGGAGCCAAAAUGAUAUCUGCAAAAAUGUUAGAUACAGACGUAGAAAAAAUACAAGUGGAAAAAGAUACAGAUGUUUUGGAUACCUGGUUCUCUUCGGCGAUUUACCCGUUUUCCUCUUUAGGAUGGCCGGAUAAAUAUAGUCUGGAUUACGAUAAGUUCUAUCCCUUGAGUUUAAUGGCUACGGGGCAUGAUAUUUUAGGUUUGUGGGUGCACAGGAUGGUAAUCCUUGGACUUGAAUUAACGGAUAAUCUUCCAUUUCAAAAUGUGUUGCUCCAUGGAAUAAUUUGCGAUAAUAAGGGAGCAAAAAUGUCUAAAAGCAAAGGUAAUGUUAUAGACCCUAUCGAUGUUAUACAUGGAAUUUCUUUAGAUGAACUUAAAAAGAAAACUGAGAAGAUGUAUUCAGAUGGGAUUCUUAGUAAAAGUGAAAUGGCGAAAUCUUUGGAAUAUCAUAGAAGCAAUUUUUCGAAUACAAAAGGAAUACCAGAAUGUGGAGUAGAUGCAUUGAGAUUCACAUUAUUGUCACAGGAUAUAAAAUCUCAUUUUGUCAACUUUGAUGUGAACAUGUGUCAUUCAAACAAAUUAUUCUGUAACAAAAUUUGGCAGAGUGUUAAAUACACUCAUCUGCAGUUUGCUAAACUGAAAGAACUACCGGAAUUUACGACCGUUUUAGAAAAUGAUUUGACUUUCUUCGAUUCAUGGAUUUUGAGCAGACUAGCACAUAUGAUUACUAUAGUCAAUACGGCUAUGGAAAAAAACGAUUUCCACUUGGCCACAAAAGCUUUGAGAACGUUCAUUUACAAUGAAUUCUGCGACGUAUACUUGGAAACUACCAAACCAGGUUUCGAACACACAGACCAGAAGAUUGGUUACGCUCAUGCUCAUACAUUGAGCACCGUUUUAAACGCUUCUCUAAGAUGUUUAAAUCCUUUUAUGAUUUAUUUGACACAUGAUCUGAUACCAAGGAUACCUGCAUUUGAAGAAAGUAUUAUAUACAACUUUAAUGAUUAUGACGAUAAGUAUUAUAAGUACCCUAAAUCUGACGAAUUUACAAAAUGGAGAAAUGUAAAUUUGGAAACUCAAGUAGAUCAGUUUCUAAGUACAAUAUAUUUGAUUCGACAAUUGAAGGGAUAUUACAAUAUAUCUAACAAACUUAAACCAACGGUGUGUAUAAAUACAACAAAUAACAUUUUAAAGGCUGAUAUCAAUAAGUAUUCUGAUAUAGUGAAAAUUUUAACCAAGUGUGACACUAUUAAUUUUGUUAAAGAUACAAACAAAAAUUUCGUAAGUGGUCAGCUAGACACGGGCACUAAAAUAUAUGUUGAAUUAUUAGGUAAAGAUAUGUCUUUAGCUAUGAGAGAAGCUAAAGCUAAACUAAUGAAAAAAGUCAACAAGUUAGAAGAUUCUUUAGCAAAGGUACGACAGAAGAUGUCUAGUCCGAAUUAUGAAAAUUUGUCAGAGUACACGCGAAUGUUAGACAGAGAGAACGAAAAGAGUAAAAGAGAGGAGUUGAUGCAGUUGAAACGAUUGGUUGUUGAUGAUAAAUUAAUAGCCAGCGACAAUAAAGAAACUUGAAAUUGUCAUAGUAAAUAAAGUGAUUGUAAAACGAUUUCAAAAAUAGGGCUUUUUUCUUGUUAUUUUGUGACAUUAUGUCCGGUUAGCCAGGGGAGUAGUAUAUCUUGAUGUAACAAAUUUUACGUAUGAUAUUUUCUACUCUUAUCUCUUUUUAACUCAUUACGGAAACAUUACAUUAUCUUGCCAUAAAAAUUGUCGAUUUAUUUAAAUAACAUAAAAUCAGGGUUUUACAAGUCACCCAGGAGACCGUCGCUAUGGCAAAGUGAUGUGUUGAAUAAAUUUUAUUUCAUUUCGUUUCACGAAAUAAUAAAAAUAUUCACCCAUUGUGCUGUAAAUUUAUUUUAAGUCAACGUCAAAUGUUUGUUUACUAUUUACAUUUUCCUCCUUUUUCAUAAGGGGAAAAGUGUAUGUAAAUAUAUUUUUGACGUCUUCUAAAUGUAAUACUGUAAAUAUAAAUUAUUAUAUAUUUGUUACCA